CUAAAUAAACUAAAGAACGCUAUAUCCGAAUUUGUCACAAUGAAGCGUGAUAAAGACCACAUUGUUACAGCUGAGGAAGUCCGCACUUUUUUCUCAAGCCUUAUUGAAUCUGAAAGAAAACUGAUGGGUUGA